AUGUUAGAUGUAUGGGAAAUGGACACCGAGAGUUGCAUAAUUGUUAAUUUGGAUAAGUAUGGUCAACCCAUUGGUCCUGAAGGUACGACUGUUACUCGUUUCAUAGGGAGUUUGGUUCGAAGGAAACAAUAUGCUUCCAUUAAAUACAAAUCUUGGAAAGUUAUGCCGGACAAGGAAAAAGAUGAAAUGUUGGCACAAAUAGAGACCAUAUUUGAGUUCGUUCCUCCUAUGAAUGACAUUGCAAAACAAAUGUUGAAACUUGAGAUGAAUAUUAAGUGGAAACAAUGGAAGUGUGAUUUAAAAUCAAAGGCAUUUGACCCAAGUAAAACAGAAGAAGAAGUUGCAUCUUUUAUACCAGAUUGUAGAGUUGACCCAGAUCAAUAUCGUGAAUUGGUUCAUCAUUGGUUUUCUGAAGAAGCACAAAAUCGUGCUAAAUAUGAAGAUAUUCAUUGUAUGGGUACAAAAAGCCUCCCAAGAUUGAUCAAUGAAAAGGCCAAAGGAGCGUCGCCCACACGCAAAGAGAUUUACAUUGAUACCCGUACUCGCAAAGAUGGUUCAGUUGUUAAUGAAAAGGCUGCAAGAUUGAUUGAAGAACUAAACAAACAUAAUAAUGAGGCUGAAACUUCUCAAUCGAUCGAAAAGACACCGAGUCAUUUGCCUUGGACGGAUGACAUUUAUUCCCAAGUAAAAGGACCUGAAAAGAGGGGACGUGUGAAAUGUUUAGGUAAUAUUCCCAAACCUAAAAAAUCAAAAGCUUCUUUGUCUGAAAAUCAAGAGUUGAGGGAUGAACUUAAGAAAAUGCGAGAAAGUUAA